UUGAUGUUGAAUACUGUACUACUAUUAAUAUACGACUAUACGUGAUGAAAGAAAAGUAAAAGUGUUUUUGAUGUUCAAUACUUUAAUUUAUAUAUUUGUUAAAGAUAUUUGUGCUUUAUCAAGAAAAAUCAACUUUAGUUUUUAAUAUUAUUCUUCGGUGUAAUCUUUUUUAGUCGGGCCAUUAUAAAUAAAUGAUUGUUUGUUAAAAAUAACACGAACCAAAGGGACACAGCCAUUGUGUUGAAUCGUAUAACUUAGCUACAAAAUGUGUGGAGGGUUUACUUGUUCUAAGAACGCUUUGAUCGCCCUAAAUAUUCUCUAUGUGGUGGUUGCUUCUAUACUCAUAUCAGUGGCAGUGUAUGGGCAGGCGUCGUCACUGGUUACCAAUUUACCCAUCGUGGGUGGUAUUUUAGCAUGUGGAGUGUUUCUCAUCUUAAUAUCUCUUUUGGGAUUGGCUGGAGCAGUGAAGCAUCAUCAAGUUAUGCUUUUCUUCUAUAUGGUUAUUCUUUUCCUGCUGUUUCUGGUGCAGUUUUCAGUGGCUUGUGCUUGCCUCGCUGUUAAUUCUGACCAGCAGGAAAUGUUAGCUCAACAGGGGUGGAACAAAGUUAAUCUAGAUGUGAAAGAACAAGUUCAGGAAAGGUUCCAGUGUUGCAGCUUCCAAAGCAGGAUAAUGCCACCUAAUACCACAGUAGACUACCCAUCUUGCAGUUUAGUGGAUAGGAUUUGUUGCAAUGGCAAGGAAAUAUCACUCGAUUGUCAGUGUCAGCCAUGUAUGGAAAAAUUAAAGGAGACAAUAGACAAUGCCUUCAAACUUUGCGGUGGUAUUGGACUCUUCUUCAGUUUUACAGAGCUAUUCGCAGUUUGGCUCGCCCGACGGUACCGCAAUCAACCUGAUCCCAAUUACAAAGAACCUCACGCUAUAUUUCCGAGAAAGAACUAUUUAUAUUGAAUCAUUUCUCAAUCUUAGAUUUAAUUUAGUUUUCUUUUUAGUUUCUAUUAGUGAAUAGUCAAAUUUAAAAUAAUAGCAUGAUGUUAAUUUUAAAACAAAAUAGUAGAGUUACUGAUUAAAUUUUGAUGUAAAUAUCCUAUAAAGAAUCUAAAGUAAGUAUCUUAAUCUACAAAAGACAUUAAUCUUUAUUUCAAAACAUGAGAUACGACCUUGUGUACUAUUUCACGUGCUUAGUUACCUCGUAACUUGGUGAAGGCCAAAUAUUUCUCUAGAAAGUAGAUACAGCAUAUUUUCGCACACUCAGUGCUAAUAUUAUAUAUUCAUACGAGGCUUUAUUUUUCAAGUACUAACCUGUACCGAUUAUCUUUCUAUAAAUUGCGUAUAUGGGAUUAAAAACCCGCCUCGAAAUAAAAUAUGAAAUUUUAAAAUAUGUCUAGGAAAAUCAAGGUGAAAUGUCAGUUUCAGAAAUGAUGCUCAAAAUCAGACGACCAAUCUUAUAGUAUUUCGUCAAAUUAUGAUUAAAUACUGAAAAUUAACUGUGUUUUGCCACCGACCAAUGUUAAUUCAGAUUAAAGUUAAAUUAGUUAAUCUGAUUCUACACAGCGUUUCAGAAACUGGAAUUUAGUCUCUAAAAGUAUCUAUCUAUUUUUGAGAAAGUAUUUCAGAUAAAUACAGACUUCAUUGUAGUCAAAAUAUUUUGUGUUCAAUUAACGAUUAAUCUCGCUUUAAAUUAUUCUGCGAUUAUGAUUUUCAGUUUUGCCAGUGAUAAUAUGGUCCGAAAUAUAUUUUUGGCCAGUUGAAUUUACAACUCUAUCUUUAUAUUAAUAAGGUGUGUUCUCGUGUAAGGUAAAAUGUACUGGAAGUGUGAAAUGACCUUAAAAUAGUUAUUCUUUACGAAUUAAGUGGUUUAUUGUUUUCAUUACCUAGUCAAUAAUAUAAUGAUUGAAUGUUUAUAUACUCAGUUUUACACUAGGUUCUUACAAAGCGGAGGGUUGCCAAUCAAGAAAAGUAGCGUAAAAUAAGUAUAUUCUAAAUUUUAUUUUAAUUAAACUAUGUUUUUGGCACUGAAAGCUCAGCCUUUCAAAAGAUUUUUUUGAUAUUAGGCAAUACAAAAACAUUUUUAAUGAAUCAAAUUAUUUAAAAUAUAGUUGAGAUCCAUAAAAUAAAAAAUGAUUUGCAUGUAAAGAAAAGUAUGAUUACAAAUGGCAACCCAACAAAACAGUGAUACUUUUUUUUAUUUUAUGUUAUAUUUGAUUAGUUAAAAAAUCUCGUUUAUACAUUUUACACUUUUAUUAUUUGUAGCCUUGCUGGUUCAUUAGGAUUAUGUUUUUUCAACAUAUCAUACUAUGUAAUUUAGUAGCUAAAUUUAGUAUAAUUUAUACAAACUCAUUUUUUUUUUCUGUGUGCUUCAUUUUUUUUUAUAAAAAUUUAAUUCCAACCCUAAACAGCGAAUGAUAGUCAUAAAGACAUAUGUGUUUAUAAUGUUUUUUCCGUUUAUAUAAAUGCACGUUGCUUCCAUUAUGUGUCUCUUCAGCCGUCUGUUUUGCAGUUGUAGUAGAGUCAAAAAUUAUGUAUACUUUCUGUAUAAUAAUGUUAUUCUAUUGCAUUCAUAUGUAAAGUUACUUCGAAUAAAGAGUGUUAAGCAUUA